AUGUCCAAGGAGGCUUCUAUGUUCCAGGCUGGUGACUUGGUCACCAGCUCAGGAACAACCGACGAUUUGACCGUUCAAGAGCUCCCACUACCCAAAGACUUUCGCUGGGGUACUGCCACUGCGGCAUAUCAAGUCGAAGGUGGCGCAAACCAAGAUGGAAAAGGCCAGUCCAUCUGGGAUACAUACACACAUCUUGAACCCUCGCGAACAAACGGGACAACUGGCGAUAUAGCUUGUGACCACUACAAUCGCGUAUCCGAGGACAUUGACCUUAUGAAAACGUGCGGCGUCGACGUUUAUCGCUUCUCUCUAUCUUGGACACGUGUAAUUCCCCUCGGGGGCCGCAACGAUCCUAUAAAUGAGAAAGGAAUAGCUUUCUACAACGAUCUUAUCGACCGAUUGUUGGCAAGCGGGAUUGAGCCUGUGGUAACAUUGUAUCAUUGGGAUGCGCCACAGGCUCUUUACGAUCGCUACAAGGCCUUUCUCAAUACCGAAGAGUUUACUGCCGACUUUUCCAACUACGCACAACUAUGCUUUGAGCGUUUUGGUGAUCGCGUUAAGAGAUGGAUUACAUAUAACGAGCCGUAUAUCAUCUCUAUUUUUGGCCACGUCAACGGUACACUUGCCCCGGGACAUCGUGCAGAAGAUGGCUUUGACACAAAGAAUGAGCCGUGGCGUGUCGGUCAUACGCUGAUUAUCUCCCAUGCUGUUGCUGUUCAGCUAUAUGCGAAGCAGUUCCAGCAUUCGCAACAGGGAGAGAUCUCUAUCGUGCUGAACAGCCAUUUCUACGAGCCAUAUUCCGAUGCACAAGCCGACGUCGAUGCUGCUCAGAAAAGACUUGAGUUCUAUAUCGGGUGGUUUGGCGAUCCCAUCUUCCUAGGCAGAGAUUACCCUGUCUCGAUGCGAAAAUAUCUAGGCGACAGACUACCCCAGUUCAGUAUUGCAGAGCGCGACCUCCUCCGCGAGGUAGCUCCUCUCAAUACAUUCUAUGGCAUGAACCACUACUCGACAAAAUUUGCCCGUGCUCUCCCCGAUCCUCCCUCCGAAGACGACUGGACAGGAAACAUCGAGGAGGGAGCUAUUAAUGGUGCCGGCCACGAAAUAGGACCAGUUUCACAGUUCCAGUGGCUCCGUGUCGCACCCAAUGGCUUCCGCAAGCUGUUGAACUGGGUAUGGAAUCGAUACCAUCUUCCUAUAAUAGUCACAGAAAACGGAUGCCCAUACCCUGGAGAGCAAGAUGUCAAGGUAGCGAUUGACGACAAGUUUCGAGAGAGGUAUUUCGGUCUAUACCUGGAUGCCAUAUCGCGAGCUAUAUACGAAGAUGGCGUCGACGUCAAGGGUUAUUACGUAUGGACUCUCAUGGAUAAUUUUGAAUGGUCAGCUGGAUAUCAGCCCAAAUUCGGUAUCGUUCAUGUCAACUUCGAAAAUGGCUUGACACGCACGCCCAAGAACUCGGCGACAUACCUGCGUGAGACUUUCAAGCGAAGAAGACAAGACUAUAAGGAUUAA